CUUUCACUUUCGGCAUUGAUUCGUCAAUACAUCGGAUAUCGGGUUGGGAACGGUUGAAUCAAUUAUGUUUAUAUUUAAAUUAGGAGACUGAGAAUUGGGGAAAAAUCACUCCAUAUAUUGAAGAUUCUGAGCAACAAUUAUCAUUGGCUUUCUUCAUCAAAUCAACCAUCAGAACUGUGAGGAACAACAGAUAAAAUAUGUCAUACCUUAGAAGUACACAUUUAAUUGAAGGAGUUGGAGACGAAGUGUUAUAUGGAAUUGGUGCUUUCUUGGGGAUUCUUGCACCAUUGGUUGUGUACAUCAUAAACAGAAAUAAUGACAAUGUUCAGAAUAUUCAUCCAGAUAGUGAGGAAAAUGUGCGAACCACCCGAGAACGUCUUCAAACCUCCGACAGAGCCCGUACCAAUCCAGGAGAAAUUGACUGUCCUGUUUGUUUAGGCAAUACACAUUAUGGAAUAGAAACCAAUUGUGGACAUAUUUUUUGUGGAACCUGUAUCACCACUUACUGGCAGCAUGGUACAUGGUUAGGAGCUGUGAGGUGUCCAGUGUGUAGACAACAGGUAACUCUUCUACUUAUUCAUUUUACUGAAGAAGAACACCUCCAAACAAGUCCAGAGAAGACAGAGAUUCUGAACAAGAUCGCGGACUAUAACCGACGCUUCUCAGGGGAACCCAGACCUUUGCUGGACUAUCUACGAGAUUUACCGACGCUGUUACGACAUGCCAUAAGGGAAUUCUUCUCUGUUGGAGGACUAAUAUGUAUGUUCCGUUUGCGCAUUAUAGCAAUUUUCCUAGCAGCCUUAUUCUACUUUAUUUCACCUUUAGACAUUAUCCCAGAAGCUGUGUUUGGAAUUCUGGGAUUUCUGGAUGAUAUAUUUGUACUUCUUUUGUUGGCUAUUUAUAUCAGUAUUUUAUACCGAAAUUAUGUACAAUCAAGGGCAAAUACCAACGUUGAAAGUUAAAAAAACCCAAAGAUGCUGCAAGUUAAACAAACAAAGAUAAACAAUAUUAAUCACUAAUUAGCAAUGUAAAGUUUCAAUAGGAUUUUUACCUUUUCAUUUUUCGUUUAUCAACCUUUGUUUUUUACACGUUGUUUAUGUUUUUACUAGUUCGUCGUAUCCUGAUUUGCUAGAUGUAAAAUUGCUGAAUAUGAUAAUUAUUAAGCAAUGUGAAGCUGUGUUUGAUGCUAAGAGAUAGGAUAGUCACAUCAAUAACAGAAUACAUGUUUAUCUCACUUUAAAAUUGAUGAAUCCUGUUAACAUUUAAUCCUGCAAAAUAUUGAACCUCAUGAAAGAAUAUUUUGUUUAAAUUUGCAUUUCAAUAGUCCUAUCCUAACAAUAUCUUCACAAUAUCAUUUAUUUUUUUGAAAGUCAAAGAUUCAGUUAUUCUUUAUACUUGCAUCAGUGAAAUUGUAUUAUUUCACCAGCGUAAUGUAUAUAUAGGGAAUUAUGUGUACAUGUGUGAGGAUAGAUUGGGUUUUUAAAAAAUCAGGCCAGUCAUUAUCUCUGCCUUCAACAUAAAGGAUAAAAAACACUGCUGUCAAUCAUUUGAUACAUAUGAUUCUUAUCUCAUAUUCAAAUUGAAAUAUAUACAUGUACAGUAAUUUAUUUGUUGAAUAAAUUUGAUAUUCUUGUU